GGCUGGCGCUGUGUGACUUGUCAAACCGCUCCGGUAAUCCAAUUGAGUUCUUAUGGCCGGCCACUAAAAAUAGGGUCAAUUUUCAGAAAGAGCGCUUCGGCGGCCAGUUCCCAUCCCGUGUGUCAUCUGAGUUAGAAACAGAGUAAUGGAGAAAAUUCAGCUAACGGCAGACGCAACACGACUAAAAGCAGCGCGCCUUGAGGAAAAGUUGUCGGUUGGAAGCGUUAUGGCUCGCGGAGGAGGCCGGUUCUGAGGCGACAUCGUGAUGUCCGGCGGGAUUAGGUUGAGCUGCAGAUAUCCUGAAGACACCUAGGACAGGAAGCCCUUCAGAUCUCGAAUGUUAUAAGGAUGGGCACAUUCGUGACCCUGGCAGAGGUGCUGGAGGAGAGAGGAGCACCUCUGGAGGAGAAGGAGGUGUGGUCUGUUCUCAUGGCCGCCGUCCAGUCACUCAAAGACAUCUCCAGCAAAGGUUCUGGAAGUCUCUGCAGUGUGAUCACUCCUGGCUCACUCCUGCUCUCCUCUGCUGGGGGCGUGGCCUUUAAGUCAUGUGCUCGGUUUGAGGGCGUGGCCUCCUUCACAGCCCCGGAGGCCAAUCAGACUCCCUCCAGCAGAUCAGCCCCGGAGAAGAAGUCUGUGUUUUCUCUGGGAAUGACUCUGUACUGGACAGUGGAUUAUCAGCUUCCAUCUAACCAGCCAGUGCAGUUGAGUGAGCGUUUGAACAGUCUUCUGCUGAGCAUGUGUGAGGAGUGUGUGUCGUUACGCUCCGACCUGCAGGAUGUUCUGGAAGCGUGUGAGCAACACCACCGUCACACACUCCUCCCCCCACCCGACCGCGUCAUACGACAGCUCGUAGAAGAUGUCCAGCAGGACCCGGAGAACCCGGUUCCAACUGGUUCCACCCAGAUCACAGAUCGCAGUCAGACAGUCAGAGACAGACUGAGGGGCUUGACUCAGCAAAACACCAGUUGGGCCGUGAGAAGCAGAAGCUCCUUAUGCCAGCCAAUCAGAACAGACCUGACGAGGAGCAGGAUGUCGGUGUGUCACCGUGACAGCACAUCGUCUUGGUUGAACCGGAGCCCCCUGCUGGACGGACUCAGAACUCCACGCGCCACUGACUCCUUUGGCUCCUCCUUCAGCCUAUCAGAGAGGAAGCUCAAGAACUCGGGUCCAGAAUUCGUCAGAAUGUUGGAGGAGCCUCUAAUAGUUCUGGAGCUGCCGGAAUCAAUCGUGCAAUCGAAGAAGGGCAAGUCUGGCGUGUCGCAGCGGGACCUGCGUGUGUUCAUGCCCAGCGGCCAGUGCAUCAUGGUCAAGUGUGACGUCAAGUCCAAGAGCGGCGACGUCUUCGACAUGAUCAUCGCCCACUCCAACCUGGUGGAGCAUUUCUACUUUGGCCUUGCGUACUUUCACGAGGAGGAGCUCCUGUUCCUGGACAGCGAGACCAGGCUGCAUAAGGUGGCUCCAGACAGCUGGAAGAAGGUUCCCACCUCGUCCUUCGCCGUCCACUUCAGGAUCAAGUUCUUCGUGUCCGACAUCACCCUGCUCCUGAAUAAGCUAACGCGGCACCAGUACUACCUGCAGCUGAGGCGAGACCUGCUGGAGGACCGGCUGGGGUGUGACGUGGAGACGGAGCUGUUCCUCGCCGCCCUGGCUCUACAGGCAGAGUAUGGAGACUGCAUGCCUGAGGUGUAUGGGAAGAACUACUUCCGCCCUGAGCAUUAUGUGUCUAAGGGUGUUCUUGCCAAGAUGGCCGUCCCGUGCCUAAAGGAGGAGUUGCUACGGUUACAUGCCAACAAUGCCAGCAUGGUCACAGAGGAUUCGGAGCUGGAGUUCCUGAGUACGGUGCAGCAGCUGGCGGACUUCGGCGUGCUCGUCCACCGGGUGGCGCCAGAGAAGAAGGGCACCAUGGGAGAUCAGCUUCUGGGAGUGUGUGCCAAAGGAGUCAUCAUUUACGACGUCAAAAACACCGUCCGCUCCGUCAGCUUGAGGUUCCACUGGAGGGAAACACUCAGCAUCUCCUCCUCUAAGCGUAAGUUCAUCAUUGAGAGCAGCACCAGCAAGAAGAAGCACACGUUCCACACGGAACGUUCCGUCAUCGCCAAGUACCUGUGUGACCUCUGUUCUGCGCAGCACAAGUUCCACAAGGAGAUGAACUCCAGGCAGCUCAGUCACAGCAUCACCUCAGAGGACAACAUCGUGCAGUAUGCCACAGUGCUCCGUGCGCAGAACAGUACCUUGGCCCGACGCCUGUCCACCUCCGACAGCGGCCAUCUUAACCACGCCCACCUGUCCCAGUACCCGCCCCUGAGCCCCGGGCUCCCCCGCGCAGACAGCAUAGCAGGAAAUGACAUGAGCAGGCUGUGUGACGACAUCGCCACACGCCUACAGACCAAGAUUCGUCAGCAGAGAGACUCACUAAGUGCCAGCAGUCCGGUUAUGAGGAGGGUCAUGGCCACUACCCCAGAGAGACGACCAGAAACUCCCGUCGUGUCCCCAGUCUUUAGAGCAGACUCUCAGACAAGAUCCCUUGACCGAGAAACUGUGUGUGUGACACUGAGGAAGGACCCUAACCUUGGCCUUGGUAUAGUAAUCGUAGGAGAAGACACCACUGGGCGAUUGGAUCUCGGUAUUUUCAUCGCCUCCGUGGUACCAGGGGGACCAGCUGAUCGAGAUGGACGCAUCAAACCAGGCGGUCGUCUGAUCUCCCUCAACCAGAUCAGUCUGGAGGGCGUUACCUUCAGCGAAGCUGCUGACAUCAUGCAGAACAGCUCCAACGAGGUCGAGCUCAUCGUCUCACAGUCAAAAGGUGUGAAGCGUACUAGUUCCUUCCGUGUCCUGGAGAGGAACUAUGAAUCCCAGACCACCCUGCUGGCUGACAGUCGCCAAGGAGACGAUGACCUGGACGAACUGGUGUCCGUCAUGAUGACCCCCAAAUCUGCCACCCAACUACAUUUGCCUGAAAUCCGCAUACGCAACGCACAGGAUAGCCCCUCUCUGUCUGGUUCCUGCAGCAGUCUCAGACCAGAGGAGUUUACUGUGGAGCUCAGGAAGGAGUCAGGGAGCCUGGGCAUCAGCAUUGCUGCUGCAGUGAACUCAACCAACCAGCAGAAAGGCGUGUACAUCAAGAGUCUGAUAUCAGGGGGCGUGGCUGAGCUAGACGGCCGCAUCCAGUCAGGUGAUAGGCUCCUGGAGGUGGAUGGUACCAGGUUGGAUGGUUUGACAAACCAGCAGGCCGCUGAGCGUCUCUCCAAGACAGGGCAGGCUGUGACUCUGGUUUUUGAGAGGGACUCGCCCUUGUUGCCACGGCGAUGUGCAAGCCCAGACAGGAGGAGCACCCUGACGGCGCCUAGCAACGCUGCAUCACGCAACAACAGCUGCCCCGUCAUCACCAUGACAACACCUUACUCCAUCCAUCCCAACGACUACAGCUUCGUGUCUGACGACAACAUCAUGGAGGUGAGUCUGCGGAAGCGUCUGAAUGGUCUUGGUUUUAGUUUCCUGCUGGCGGAGCUGGACACGUCUCUGGACUGUGGGACCGUGGUUCUGGUCAAGCGGCUGUUCCCGGGCCAGCCGGCGGAGGAGAGCGGCCUGAUCCAGGAGGGAGACGUCAUCUUAGCCGUCAACGGAGAAGCACUCAAGGGCCUGUCCUACCAGAGAGUGAUGCAGCUACUGCGGGGGUCCCAGUCAGAAGUUCGGCUGGUGCUGUGUCGCCCUGAAGCAGGAGUCCUUCCUCCCCUCUCUGAUAAAAUCGGCCAGCUGACCUGCAGCUGAGCGACACACACACACACCUGACGACCCCGCGACCUCUAUCUCAGGAGGAAGACUACGCACCCGCAGCCCCACAGCAUUGUGGGAUAGCACCCUGUCUGUGAAGGUGGUUGCUAAGGCAGUUACUAAGGAAGUCACACGUGCCUUCCAGGACAGAGGUGCUGGGCAGCAGCCAAUCAGGGCUCGGGAUGUGGGUUGUGCUCCAGAUGACUCCGUGAGGUCCUCCUCUCUUCAGAGAUGACUCCUGUGAGGUCCUCCUGGAACACUGUGAACCAUAAGUGUCCUUCUUAAGCUCCUCCUCCCUGAAGCCCAAACGGACCUCAAGAACACAAAUCAGCCUGAGGAGGCUAUAUACCCCCACACACACACACACACACACACACACACACACACACACACACACACACACACACACACAAACACACCCCCACACACACACACACACACACACACACACACACACACACACAGCCCCUGGCUGUGGGGUAUUUGAGCCAGGGCGGUUCUACUCCAUGACUCUAAACUUGACUUACCUGAAGCCUUACAUCCUUACUGAGAGACACACACACAUACCCACACAUACCCACACACACACACACACACACACACACACAUACCCACACACACACACAUACACACCCUAAGACUGAAGCCUUACAUCCUUACUGAGAGCUCCACACACACCAGAGGCCUGCCCAAAAGACAUUUCCUGUUUGUAUUAAAGUGUGUGUAGAUGAGUGUCUGUGUGUGUGUAUUAGUGUUUGUGUGUGUAUGAGUGUGUGUUUGU